AUGUCACUUCCGCGCGAUAUUCGUGCUUUUCUUUCUCAUUACCACGGUCAAACGGAUGACCGACAAGCUUCAGUUAAUCUACUAUUUUACCAAAAUCGGCUGCGUUGCAAGCCAGAUGAUCUUUUGAUCAGCGAGAUUCAUCAAAGGUAUGCGACCGUUAUUCACUGGCGCAAAGAUUAUAAUCAACUGGAAUACAAUCACGGUUACAUCCAAUGGCUCUUCCCCAUCCGAGAGAAUGGAAUGAAUUUCGAGGCGCAAGCUCUUCAGCCACACGAGGCUGUGGCAAUGAAAGAAGAUUCUGAUGUCAUUGAGCGCGUCAAGGCGUCUUAUGGCUUGCUGUUGGAUUUCUACGGCAUGUGCCUGCUCAACUUCGAGACUGGUCUCAUUGGACGCUCAGAAGGCUACAAAGCUCGAUACCGAAACCUCUUGCAAGCUCCUCACAACAACCUUCGCGUCACACGGAUACUCAAGUGUCUGUCGGAAAUGGGCCUGGAGCAUCUGAAUGCCGGGUUCCUACUCUAUGUCCUCAACGAACAGAGCGAACAUAAACAACUGAAUACUAGCCUGCUGCGAGAUAGCAUGGAUAGAUGGUGGGCUAACUGCUUGAGGAAUGAAGCGGAUCGGGAAUGGAUCGGACUUACAAUUAAGAAGGCGAGAAACGGCGAGAUUUUCAGCAGAGAGAAGUACGAAGCCAGUUUGCAGAGGCGAAAGGAAUUAGGGUCCUUUGCAGAACCGCAACUUGAAUCUAUCGAUGCGUAG